UUUUAGUGCUUAUCGAUUUUUGGCAUCAAACAACGUUGCCUCUGGGUAAUUUAGCUAGUAAAUGCAAAAAUUAAAUUUAUAAAUAUUUCUUUUUGUGACUGCAUAGCGUUUAUUUAAGUAUAUAACAGUGAAAGAUGGGUGAAAAUAAUUCCGACGAUGGAAGUGGUUCGGAAUCUGAAGGUAGCCGUAGUCGAUCUCCUUCACCACAAACUGCACAAACACCGGGCUAUUCAUUGGAACAUCAUGAUCCUGAACCAGGUUCCCCUCAUAGCCAUCAUUCGGCUGUUAGUGGUAGUGAUAGAAAAUCACGUUCGCGUUCACGGUCCUCCUCAAGUUCGGGAUCACGCAGCAACUCAGGUUCUCGUUCUGGGUCACGGUCUCCAUCGGGUUCACCACACAGCAGACGCUCAGGUUCAGCUCAAAGCAGACACUCUGCCACAUCGGCGGCCAGUCGAGAACAUAGUGCCCGUGAAAGUCGUGAACAUUCAAACGUUGCUAGCCCCGAUCAAUCACCUAUAGCAAGCCGUCAACAAACUCCUGUUGCAAGUCGUGAACAAUCGCCUGUCGCUGAAGGCACUUCGCCGAAACAUAAUGCAGGCACACCUGCUAAUGAAACUCCCAAUGACGAUGAUACACGUUCUCAAUCGCCCAACUUGCAAAUAGAUGACCGUGCGAAUUCGCGCUCACGUUCUCGAAGUCAAAGUCGUCGCUCACGCUCCGCUACACCCCGCUCUAAAUCUGGGGGAUCAUCACGUUCUGGAUCGCGAUCAAGAAGUGGCACAAGGUCUCGUUCCGGAUCUCGAGCUCGUUCUGGUUCACGCUCCCGAUCAGGGACGCCUGCAUCACGCAAAUCUGCCAAAUCUGGCAGUGGAUCUGAAUCUGGUAGCGAUUUCGGUGCCCGGCAGAAGAAGAAACGCAAGGCGACAGCAUCUAGCGAUUCUGAUACUGAAAACGUUCCGCGUAAAAGAGGUAGUGGAAGUGAGAGUGAUGAGGGUGCCACUGCGAAGGCUAAAAAAGCACGCAUAAUCGAUUCAGACAGCGAAAAUGAAGAGCAAUCGCAAAAAAUAGAUGCAAAUGACAUUUUUGGAGAUGCCGAUGAUAUCAGUCUAUCCGAAGAUGAGGGUCAAAAAUCUGAUGCUGGUUCCCGUAAAAGCCGGUCACGCACUCGCUCACGUUCUAAAUCGAAAUCAAGCUCUCGUAGUGGUUCUCGUCGUUCAGGUUCCGGAUCGCGUUCGCGUUCAAGAUCUCGUUCACGUUCCUCUCGCUCACGUUCUCGUUCACGGAGCCCUGCUCGUGUUGAGGAACAACAGCAGAAGGAAGAUGAGCCAGAACCUAUUCCCGAAACACGAAUUGACGUUGAAAUUCCACGCAUAGUAACAGAUCUGGGAAAGGAAAUCCAUUUUGUGAAACUACCAAAUUUCCUUUCUGUUGACACACGUCCCUUUGACAAAGACACUUAUGAGGAUGAAAUUGAUGAGGAGGAAACCAUGGACGAAGAAGGUCGACAACGUAUCAAAUUGAAAGUAAGUAACACCAUACGUUGGCGCGAGUAUAUGGCAAACAAUGGUGACAUGAUCAAAGAAUCAAAUGCUCGUUUUGUCCGUUGGUCAGACGGUAGCAUGACGUUACACUUGGGCAACGAAACCUUCGAUGUAUAUCGUCAGCCAUUACAUGGUGAUCACAACCAUAUGUUCAUUCGCCAAGGUACCGGUUUACAAGGUCAAGCCGUCUUCCGCACAAAGCUUACCUUCCGACCGCAUUCGACCGAAUCAUUUACACACAAAAAGAUGACAAUGUCACUUGCAGACCGUUCGCAAAAGACCAGCGGCAUUAAGAUUCUCACACAAGUCGGCAAAGAUCCCACCACCGAUCGUAAGUAUAACCUCAAAAAGGAGGAGGAAAAACUGCGACAAGCGAUGCGCAUGCAGCACAAGCCGCAGCCUAAGAAAAAGAAAGGUGGUGCACAUGAUGUGCAUGGCGGUGCCAAUUCAUCGUAUCAUCACGACGAAGGAAGCGACGAUGAAAAUGCUAUUUCCCUUAGCGCUAUUAAGAAUAAGUAUAAGAAAGGAAGUGGCGGCGGUGGUGGGGGUGCAGCUUCGAUAUCCUCAGAGCAAAAAGGUUCAGCCAUUUACUCAUCAGACGAAGAUGAUGGUUCCGACUUUGACGGUCGACGUAGCAAGAAAAAGGACAAGUCAAAGUCGGUUAAAGCGCUGCGUGAUUCCGACAGUGAAUCGGAUGAUGAACAUGGCAGCGGCAAAGGAAGUGGCGGUGGCAGUGACAGCGAUGCUAGUGGCACUGGAGAUGAUGCUGGCGGCAGCGCUCACGGUGGAGGCGGUGGUAGUGGGUCAGGCAGCGGCAGCGGUAGUGAUAGUGAAAAUGAUGAUUAACAACUACAACGAAAAAAAUAUUACAUAGGACGAUAUGCAAGAAUGCAACAUUUUACAUAAAUAUGUAUAGUAUUGUUAGAUAUGUUAAUAUGAAAGCUGCUCUGCAUAGUAUAGAAGCGACUUGAAUAAAGUUAAUAAAUAAAUGAAUGUA